AUGGUAGUCCGAGGACCAGUGGUAAAGUUAUCUAAUGGCGCUGAAAUGCCACUUGUUGGACUUGGAACUUGGCUGUCAGAGCCAGACGUAGUAAAGAAUGCAGUACGACACGCACUUGACAAUGGUUAUCGUCUUAUUGAUACAGCUGAAUUGUAUAAAAAUGAAGCUGAAAUUGGCGAAGCUUUAGCAGAGUAUUUAAAAGACGGAAAAGUGAAGCGUGAAGAAAUUUUUGUUACCACCAAGUUGUGGUGCACUCAUUUUGCGCCAAAUGAAAUGGAACCAGCACUUCGAGAAUCUCUUAAAAAAUUGCAGUUGGAUUAUGUUGAUCUUUAUCUUGCACAUAUGCCCGGGGCCUUCAACGGUAUGGAAGAGUUGUACAAAAAAGGCCUAACAAAAGCAAUCGGUGUAUCAAACUUCAGCGCUCAACAGGUUGAACGUGUCGUAAAAGCAGCCACAGUUCCUGUUCAUAAUCUUCAGGUCGAAUGUCACCUGUAUUUCCCUCAGUUUGAGUUACAUGAAACCUGUAAACGUCAUAAUAUUUCAUUCACCGCAUAUGCUCCAAUUGGUUCGCCUGGUCGCGACAAAUUCCGUUUACCGACUGGAGAAGCAAUACCAUGGAAACCGGCUAAAAACCCUAUGGAGGAUCCGCUGGUUACAAAAAUGGCAUCGGAACACCAAAAAACACCUGCACAAAUUUUGCUUCGUUAUUUGCUGCAGAGGGACAUAGCUAUUAUUCCGAAGAGUGUAAACGAAAAGAGAAUCAAAGAAAAUUUUGACAUUUUUGACUUCAAAUUGUCGGAUGAUGAGAUGAAGGAGCUGAACACUCAGGAGCAUCAUCAACGUAUAUUCUUCCAAGAUUUGUAA